UGCUCCUAACUGUCCUAACUGCUCUUGGCUCUUCUCACUCUACUCCCCUUUCCUUGCUCAGUUCCCCUUACUUUAAUUACUGCUCUUGCUGUGGCUUGCUCUUCAGGUCCUAACUUCUUCUCACUGCUUACACUCUGUCUCUUUGCCGUCCGCAAUGUGCACUCCCGCUCAGAGACGUGCACACAUAGGGGUAAAAGGGGGCUGGAGCCCCUGCCCUUUUCCUCACCUGCCCCUGUAGUGCCCUCACAAAAGGAGCUACAGACUCAGGGUGACAGGUGAAGUAAAAAGGAUCCGUUGCUGGGGAGUUGUAUGUGGUUUACUGGAGGGUGCUGUGCCCUCCCUGCAGCAAGGGGGCGCCACUUACCCUGUCAUUAUCUGCCAUGGCUAAGCUUCUCUCCACGAGGAGGAGAUAGGAGCAGCGGAGGCAGAGAGAAGCCCCGCCCACAGCAUGUCCGGACACAGACUUCAGCCUGUGCAGCCCUUACUGUUAUGAAUCACUUAAUGGAUACACAAGGAAAAGAUGACAGAUUCAUUAAUUCUGCAUAAAAAAAUGGAAUCCUAAUUUCUAUUAUCCAGUUUUCUAUGUAAGAUAUCUUCCUCAGAGAAGCCGAGCAUGUGUAUUGAAAACAGAAUGGAAACAAGUCUAUGCCUCACAAUGGAAAUAGAAGAAACACUGUCAUCACCUGCAGCCUCCUGCUUCCGACAUAUUAAUAUGACUACUUCUGUGGGUGGACAAAAGCCUAUUACCUCUUGGUGGUUCUCCACCAUUUUCUCCAUUAUUGGCCUUUCCUCUAACCUUUUUGCUUUUUGUGUCCUGGUUAGUGCAUCUAAGAAAACUCGAAGUCGAUCAAGGUCUUCCUUUUUAAUCUUUCUCGGAGGUUUGGUCAUCACAGACUUCACCGGGCUAUUAGUAACUGGUACUAUUGUGGUCUCUUACCAUAUAACUCAGUUUAACUGGCAGAUUCUUGAUCAAAACUGUUAUCUCUGUAACUUUUUUGGACUUUCUAUGGUUUUUUAUGGACAAUGCCCCCUUUUGCUAGGUGCAUCCAUGGCUGCAGAGAGGUUUUUUGGCAUAACUAAACCAUUUUCCCAUUCUGCCAAUAUUUCGAAAAAGAGAGCAUACUGUAUUGUGGUCAUGGUUUGGUGUUUUGCUUUCCUAUUAGCUUUAUUUCCCAUAAUGGGUAUUGGGAGUUACACCUUACAAUACCCCAAAUCCUGGUGUUUCCUAACUUUGCUACAGGACCUGAAGAAUAAAGCCUUUGGAUUGAUCUUUUCCUUCAUCGGUAUCUUUUCUGUCUGCCUCUCUUUUAUUUUGAAUACAAUCAGCGUUGUGACCCUUUGCAGAGUAUAUCAUGACCGUGAGUCUGUCCAAAGACGACGAGACAGUGAAGUAGAAAUGAUGGUCCAGCUGGUUGGAAUCAUGAUAAUUGCUAGUGUCUGCUGGCUUCCAUUACUGAUUUUUAUAGCACAAACAGUUCUUCAGCAGCCCAAUAAUGAACUGGGGGAUAGAGAAAUUCCUCGAGAAACCGAGAAACUGCUUCUAAUAUUUCUUCGAGUGGUAACAUGGAAUCAGAUUUUGGACCCUUGGGUCUAUAUCCUAUUUAGAAGAGCGGUUUUAAAGAGAAUUUACCCCAGUCUGAAUUCUCGUCCCUCGAUUGUAUCGUUAUAUCCAACACUUACCGCUUCCUUACGUCGGAAAUACACUCAUGAAUCGGUCAUCAAUUAAUUAUAGUAUUGUCAGCCAUCCUCCUUUGUGAGAGCUGCCUUAACGAUAUAGCAUGUAAUGAGAGAAAUGUUUUCUUCAGAUCUUAUUGCAAGUUACAGUUGCUAUUUACAAUCCUAAUUUUCAAUAUGGCAUUCUGUAAUUCCCCUAAUAUGUUGUGGUCAUUGACUUUACUGAUUGUUUUGUUCAUCCUGGUAAAGUUUGUAAUGUUUCUUUACAAUUAUUUUCAUUUUAUUAGGCUUUUGCAUCCCGUCAAAAAACUACAACAGGCUGGACAUGACCUGAUCUGGUCCUCUUUCAGUUAAAAUAUUAGCCCACUUAAAACAGAAAAUAAAUUGCUCUGCUACAAAGAAUAUAUGUCAUAUAAGCCUUUCUUAUCUGCAUGUGCAAUGUGUUGUUUCCUACAGUUAUUUAUAAAUCUAAUGAAAUAUAUAACGUGCAAUAAAAGAUGUUUAGUUGUAAAACAUAUUUUUCAUUACCAGAAUAUCAAGAAUUGUGUUGAUUUUUAGCAUAACAAAGUGCCGACAUUGUUACCUGCCAAUAUUUCAGGGUAUAGUAUAUCAAAUAUUAAUGAAUGAAUAGUAAAUGACUAAAGAACUGCAGCAACUAGCUACCAGCAAAUUAUACAAAAUUGCGUACCAGAAGCUGACCAGACACUAUAGUACAGUAUAUUACUAUAAACACUUAAGGACGCAGGGUGUACAUGACGUACGCAACAUAGCUGGUUGGUCCGGGCGGCUAUCAGCCACCUGAACCCAUGUCUAAUGCCAGACAUCACCGAUCGCGGUGACGCCUGGCAUUAACCCCUUAAACACCAUGAUCAAAGUUGACACUGUUGGCAGCUCAGUGGAGCUCAUUAGAACCAUCGAAGUGAAAUCGCAAUGUCCCAACCAGCUGAAAGGAUGAUGGGAGGGCCCUUUCCUGCCUCCUCACCGUCCGAUCAGUUCAGCAAGGCUCCAGUCAUCCAUGGCAGGCUGGAGCAAUGGAGUGCCGAUAAUACUGAUCAAUGUUGUGCUAUGGCAUAAUGUUUGCAUUAAAAAUAAAAGGUUAAAAAGAAAAAAAAUUGAAUUUUGAAUGUGAUUUAACCCCUUCCUUAAUAACAGUUUGUAUCAUUUUAAUCAUAUGGACCAACAGAAUAAAGAUAAG